AGAAUUGGAUUAGCCAUUACCCGCUAAACUACCUGAAACAAAUGCUCGUGUCAACCUUUUUCCACACACAAAAAAGAUUUUUUUUAAAAUGUGACGUCACUGUUUUCUAAAUAUUUUUAUUGAUGGAAAAAAACGAUUUUUAAACUCGAAAUUAAUGUUGGGUUUUUUGUUUGUUUGUUUUUUAAAAACCGCUUUUAUGUAACAUUAGUCGACGUAUUUUUACGAAAAUCUUCUUUUGCGCAUGGUCAGUUCGAACGGUUUGACCUAUACAGGCUGCCGUAGGGAAACAAGGAAGUAGACAGAAUGAACAACAUAAAAACAGAAGUCAGUUGAUUUCUUUUUGAUUGAAUGCGUAUUUACGCCUGUAAUCGACUCCAGAUUAUUUUCUACAUUCCUACAUUUGCUUUGUAGUAUAUUUCAAAGCUUCUCGGUCUUUAUUUAAUAUAAGUGUGUUUAUUUUCGUAAUGCUAACCUUCUUAGCUGGCUCGUUAGCGGUGGUGACAGGUGACAGGUGCUGUUACUAAUAUGGUGCAGAACGUGUUUCGGAGCGGCUUUCUGGUCCGGGUCGCUCACACCCUGCUCACCUGGAUCAUAACCGUCAUUCUGUUCCUGCACAACACUAGUUUGCGGAGAUGUGAGGAGCAGGGAGAGCUGCUGCUGCCGGCUCUCUUCUUCUUGCUGGUCGUUCUGUCAGUGCUGUUGUACUUUGCCGUUUCCCUGAUGGACCCCGGCUUUGUGCUGACUGACACUGUCAAGGGCGCUCAGAGUCCAAAUGAAGAAAUGGAGGCGAUGAUCCCUCAGUCAUCGACCGCUCGUGUGAGGCGCUGUGGAUACUGCCUGCUGCAGCAGCCAAUGAGAGCGAAGCACUGCCACAUGUGUAAACGCUGCGUCCAUCGCUUCGACCACCACUGCCCGUGGAUUGAGAACUGCGUGGGAGAGAGGAACCACCGCUGGUUCAUCAUCUACCUGCUGGUGCAGCUGCUCACCCUGCUGUGGGGCCUUCACGUCGCUCUGUCGGGCAUUUCUCCUGCUCUUACGUGGGAGCAGUGGUUCAGGGUGAAUGGCUUUCUGCUGGCAGCGCUGUGCAUAGUCGGGAUUUUCUCCGUGGUUGUGGUGCUGCUGCUAGGCUCCCACUUAUACCUGAUCUCUAUCAAUUGCACCACCUGGGAGUUCAUGUCCCGCCACAGGAUCUCAUACCUGAAGACCUGCAAGGACGAGGAGAACCCGUUCGACCGUGGCAUCUUCUGCAACCUGUGGGAUUUCUUCUGCAUCUGCAGGACGGUGAUGUGGGAGAAGGUUUACCACAGAAACACGCUGAAUCCAGUCUGACCCCACAGAGGCUGGAGUCAACUAAUCUCUGACUGGUUUUGUAUUUUCACAAAGAUGAAGACAGGAGAAUGAGAAAGUGUUUUCUUUAAUUGUUUUAUCCAGGUACAGAAAUUAAAAGGAAACUUUUUGGACUGAAACAGCGGACCGUCUCAGGAGGAUUGUAAUCACUCUGGUGCUCCCAUCAGUUUCCUGUUCUUGGCUGGAAACUCUCUGACUUGUUUUCAUGUAACAAAUUAAUCCAAACCUCAGAGGUAUCUGUGUAAUGUUGCCUUAACACAAUCCCUUUACCCGUAUUUACAGUUAACAUUGAAACACGCGUUCAGUGUUGGUAUCUUACCGUGUGAUGCGCAACAGCUGACAUCACGGGUUUGCGUGUGGGGGUGCGUGUGUGUCACUGGCACAUUAAAGGGCUCAUUUUUAUUCUUGGAUUCUAGACUAGCUUUCCAUGAUUCACAGCUCAAAAUAAUCCUUGGUAUAGCCUCUCAGUUCAUUCUCUGUCUGAAACAAGCUGCUUUAGCUCUUCCCUCUUUAAACCAGCUGUCUUCUGUUUGGCUGUUAUCUGCAAACAGAAGGUUUGAACACCCAGUGGGCGGGGCUUCUAAGCUAAAAGACCAUAGGGUGUGUAUAGAAGUUGGAUUUAGUUGAUGUGAUGUGACCACUGGUUUGCAAAGGCUCGUCUUAAACACUUUCCCCCAUAAACAGGACAUCUGAAAACUUAAUUCCUGAACACUUAAUGAAGAGUUAUUCUUCGUCUAUC